AUGUCACUGCAAAAGAGUGCUAGGCUGAUUUUAGGUAAUCCCAAUAAUCGACCUUUUCUGCUUCAUCGCCGAUCAAUCACAAAUGUCUCGAAUUUAUCAUCCUGGUUAUCCUCCACGACUGGAGAGGAAGGAAAAACAGCAUCCUCCUUUCGCACAGCCGUCACCCACCCAGGGUUUGUCGUCGUUCCACAACAAUCAGCGUUUGUGAUUGAACGAUUGGGAAAGUUCACUCACGUUUUGACGCCCGGAUUCCACUUUCUUCUCCCUUUCAUUGACCGCGUGGCUUACGUUCACUCACUUAAAGAAGAAGCAAUAAAUGUGACCAAUCAAUCCGCUAUCACCAGGGACAAUGUAACGAUUCAAUUAGACGGCGUUUUAUACAUCAAAGUGGAAAACCCUUAUGAUGCGUCCUACGGUGUUGAAAAUCCAAUCUACGCAGUGACUCAACUUGCGCAGACAACAAUGAGAAGUGAACUUGGACAAUUGACUUUGGAUGAAACUUUCUUAGAGAGAGAAACUUUAAAUCAAGCAAUUUCGGUUGCGUUGAAUACAGCUGCUUCGUCUUGGGGAAUUCGAUGUAUGCGGUACGAAAUUAAAGAUAUUAUUGUUCCUGGUAACAUACGGAACGCAAUGGAACGACAAGCUGAAGCUGAACGGCGGAAAAGAGCUGAGAUUCUCCAAGCUGAAGGAGAAAAGCAAAAAUUAAUCGAACUCGCUGAAGUGAGACGCAUGAGACUUUGUGCAUUUUCGCGACGGUUUCGUUCUCAGGGUGAAUCGGAAGCGAUUGUGAGAAGAGCAGAAGCAACAGCUAGAGGCUUGAAAUUAGUGUCGGAAGCGAUAGAACAAAAAUCUGGAAAGAGUGCUGUUGCAAUGCAAUUAGCAGAGCAAUACGUUGAAGCUUUUGGAAGAAUCGCUAAAGAAGGAAAUACAAUUUUAAUUCCAGCGAAUCCAAGCGAUGCGUCUGGGAUGGUCGCUCAAGCUUUAGCUGUCUACAAAAAUGUUAGCAAGAGUGGUAAGAAUAGUUGA